AAUAAACCUUUCAAUACACUGUCAGUGUUCAAACCAAAAGUUAAAUCGGCGAUGAAAGCUGUAUUGCUCAGAACCACAUCGGUGCCGGUCCAACCUCCAGUCCGAUCCAGUUCACUAACUUCACUCAAAGUCUCUAUUUCACGUCAAGACUCUAGCUCCGGAGUUUUCUCCGGUGAAAGACAUACGAGUUCUCCUCGAGUUUCGCUUAAUUUUGAGAUGAAUAACAAGAGAAUCAGCGGAAUCCGACGAGCUCUGUCGCAAACCGACGUCGCCAGAUCGGACGUUUCCGCGAAGAUGAGCGGAGGCGGAACUCGGUUCGCAUCGUCGAGAAUUCCCGAGGAGGAUGUUAACGGAGUUGGAAAUGAUCGUGUAGAUUACUCUGGAAACUGGCCGAACAACGGCGGUAACAACGGCGGUGAUAAGAGAAAAAUGGGCGAUCAUUAUCGGGAGUUAGUGAAGUCAAACCCUACGGAUUCUCUGAUUCUUCGAAACUACGGAAAGUUCUUGCAUGAGGUGGAGAAGGAUACAGUGAGAGCAGAGGAAUAUUACGGAAGAGCAAUAUUGGCAAAUCCCGGUGACGGAGAGGUUCUUUGUUUGUAUGGAAACUUGAUUUGGAUGACACAAAGAGACGGGGUUAGAGCCAAGGCUUAUUUUGAUCAAGCGGUCCAUGCUUCUCCCAACGAUUCGACGGUUUUGGCAUCCUACGCAAGAUUUAUGUGGGAAUCAGAGGAGGAGGAGGACGAAGAGGAGGAAGGAAUCAAUAACAAAGCUCAAAUGUCAGCGCCAUUGGUUGCAGCUUUUUAAUCACACUGGAUACGUUUAAGGAAAAUAUCAAAUAUUGUAAUAUUAAUUAAUGGUACUAACUUUGAUAACCGGAGGAAUAAUAAUCUGUUAUAAUUUGUUA